AUGGCAGUUGUCGCAGUGGUGACGGUGGUGGCAGUGGUGGCAGUGGUGGCAGUGGUGGCAGUGGUGGCAGUGGUGGCAGUGGUGGCAGUGGUGGCAGUGGUGGCAGUGGUGGCGGUGGUGGCGGUGGUGGCAGUGGUGGCAGUGGUGGCAGUGGUGGCGGUGGUGGCGGCGGUGGCGGCGGUGGCAGUGGUGGCAGUGGUGGCGGGGGUGGCGGGGGUGGCAGUGGUGGCAGUGGUGGCAGUGGUGGCAGUGGUGGCGGUGGUGGCGGUGGUGGCGGUGGUGGCGGUGGUGGCGGUGGUGGCGGUGGUGGCGGUGGUGGCGGUGGUGGCAGUGGUGGCGGUGGUGGCAGUGGUGGCAGUGGUGGCAGUGGUGGCGGUGGUGGCAGUGGUGGCAGUGGUGGCAGUGGUGGCAGUGGUGGCAGUGGUGGCAGUGGUGGCAGUGGUGGCAGUGGUGGCAGUGGUGGCAGUGGUGGCAGUGGUGGCGGUGGUGGCAGUGGUGGCGGUGGUGGCGGUGGUGGCGGUGGUGGCGGUGGUGGCAGUGGUGGCAGUGGUGGCAGUGGUGGCAGUGGUGGCAGUGGUGGCGGUGGUGGCGGUGGUGGCGGUGGUGGCGGUGGUGGCAGUGGUGGCAGUGGUGGCGGUGGUGGCAGUGGUGGCGGUGGUGGCAGUGGUGGCAGUGGUGGCGGUGGUGGCGGUGGUGGCGGUGGUGGCGGUGGUGGCAGUGGUGGCAGUGGUGGCAGUGGUGGCAGUGGUGGCGGUGGUGGCAGUGGUGGCAGUGGUGGCGGUGGUGGCGGGGGUGGCAGUGGUGGCAGUGGUGGCAGUGGUGGCAGUGGUGGCAGUGGUGGCGGUGGUGGCGGUGGUGGCGGUGGUGGCGGUGGUGGCAGUGGUGGCGGUGGUGGCAGUGGUGGCAGUGGUGGUGGUGGUGGCAGUGGUGGCAGUGGUGGCGGUGGUGGCAGGCAGUGGUGGCAGUGGUGGAAGUGUGGUGGCAGUGGUGGCGGUGGUGGCAGUGGUGGCAGUGGUGGCAGUGGUGGCAGUGGUGGCGGUGGUGGCGGUGGUGGCGGUGGUGGCGGUGGUGGCAGUGGUGGCAGUGGUGGCAGUGGUGGCAGUGGUGGCGGUGGUGGCGGUGGUGGCGGUGGUGGCGGUGGUGGCGGUGGUGGCAGUGGUGGCAGUGGUGGCAGUGGUGGCAGUGGUGGCAGUGGUGGCAGUGGUGGCAGUGGUGGCGGUGGUGGCGGUGGUGGCGGUGGUGGCGGUGGUGGCGGUGGUGGCAGUGGUGGCAGUGGUGGCAGUGGUGGCGGUGGUGGCGGUGGUGGCGGUGGUGGCGGUGGUGGCGGUGGUGGCGGUGGUGGCGGUGGUGGCAGUGGUGGCAGUGGUGGCAGUGGUGGCGGUGGUGGCAGUGGUGGCAGUGGUGGCGGUGGUGGCGGUGGUGGCGGUGGUGGCGGUGGUGGCGGUGGUGGCAGUGGUGGCAGUGGUGGCAGUGGUAGCAGUGGUAGCAGUGGUGGCGAUGGUGGCAGUGGUGGCAGUGGUGGCGGUGGUGGCGGGGGUGGCAGUGGUGGCAGUGGUGGCAGUGGUGGCAGUGGUGGCGGUGGUGGCGGUGGUGGCGGUGGUGGCGGUGGUGGCGGUGGUGGCGGUGGUGGCGGUGGUGGCAGUGGUGGCAGUGGUGGCGGUGGUGGCAGUGGUGGCAGUGGUGGCGGUGGUGGCAGUGGUGGCAGUGGUGGCAGUGGUGGCAGUGGUGGCAGUGGUGGCAGUGGUGGCAGUGGUGGCGGUGGUGGCGGUGGUGGCGGUGGUGGCGGUGGUGGCGGUGGUGGCGGUGGUGGCAGUGGUGGCAGUGGUGGCAGUGGUGGCGGUGGUGGCGGUGGUGGCGGUGGUGGCGGUGGUGGCGGUGGUGGCGGUGGUGGCGGUGGUGGCGGUGGUGGCAGUGGUGGCAGUGGUGGCAGUGGUGGCAGUGGUGGCAGUGGUGGCAGUGGUGGCAGUGGUGGCAGUGGUGGCGGUGGUGGCGGUGGUGGCGGUGGUGGCGGUGGUGGCAGUGGUGGCAGUGGUGGCGGUGGUGGCAGUGGUGGCAAUGGUGGCAGUGGUGGCAGUGGUGGCAGUGGUGGCAGUGGUGGCAGUGGUGGCAGUGGUGGCGGUGGUGGCGGGGGUGGCAGUGGUGGCAGUGGUGGCAGUGGUGGCGGUGGUGGCAGUGGUGGCGGUGGUGGCAGUGGUGGCAGUGGUGGCAGUGGUGGCAGUGGUGGCAGUGGUGGCAGUGGUGGCAGUGGUGGCAGUGGUGGCAGUGGUGGCAGUGGUGGCAGUGGUGGUAGUGGUGGCGGUGGUGGCGGUGGUGGCGGUGGUGGCGGUGGUGGCAGUGGUGGCAGUGGUGGCAGUGGUGGCAGUGGUGGCAGUGGUGGCAGUGGUGGCAGUGGUGGCGGUGGUGGCGGUGGUGGCGGUGGUGGCGGGGGUGGCGGGGGUGGCACGGCACGGAGCAUGUGAGCACUCAGCAGGCACGUGA